GAGGAACUGUAUGAGGAAGAAAGGCGAAAGCGUAUGCAAGUAGAUGCCGAGAGGGAGGCUGCCAGAAAACAUCAUGAUUAUUUUACUCCCACGCAGAAGUCGCCCAUCUCCCCAAACCGCUUUGAUGAUUUAGACUCAUCACGGCAGACCUUGUCACCUCAGCCACAACGAUCACCAAACAUGCAGACCAGCAAGCUAGCCACCAUGAGUGUGCCGCCAGAAAGAAGACGAGGCUUUCAGAUACAGGGCAAAGCUAAAGCACUGUUCAACUUCACCGCCCAGAACCCGAGAGAGCUGUCGUUCAGGAAGGGCGAUGUACUCUACCUGCUUCACCAGAUAGAUAAAAACUGGUUUGAGGGAGAGCACCAUGGCCAAGUUGGAAUCUUCCCAAGUAAUUAUGUAGAGGUAUUGACCUCAAUAGAAGCUGCCCGGGUUGCUGCUCUAGAUGCUGAAGGUCAGGCUAGAGCCAAGUUUAACUUCACAGGACAAUCAACAGUAGAGCUGUCAUUACGGAAGGGAGAGUUUGUGACCCUGCUGCGUCGAGUGGAUGAAAACUGGUACGAAGGUCGUGUUGGAGGAAGACAAGGUAUCUUCCCAGUGGCAUAUGUUGAGGUGAUCCGAGAGCCAUCCACCCCACUGAUAACCCCUGCACCCUCAGUCAUCACCACACCCAUGGCAGGCACACCUGAGAUGCUGUCUCCUGUAGGCCUGGAAGCACCAACACCUCCACCUCAGCCAUCCCCAAGUGCAUUUGUCCAGCAUUCAUCAGGAGCCCCAGCCUAUGGUUACAGACAGCCCAGCAGGUUCCCGUAUGAGCCUCAAGCUCCCACUGACUACAGGUCUCCAGAGUUCUCACUGUAUGGACAGAAAGGAGUCCUUAGUCCUCCGGGAACCAGAAAGGGUUAUGGAGUCACCUCAGACUGGUCAAAACCAGAACCUGCAUCUACCAGUCCAAUGCCCAGUGCAAAACUCAACUAUGAAAUUGCCUCAUCAGCAAAUGCUGCAGUCAGCAAGCCUCGAUCAAAAGUGCCAGAUGAUGAUUUAGCUUUGCAGAGAUACCGAGCUGUGUACGCCUACAGGCCUCAGAGUGAAGAUGAGCUGGAGUUAACUGAGGGUGACGAGGUGUUUGUGAUGGAGAAAUGUGACGAUGGCUGGUACGUAGGCACAUCAGCCAGGACCGGGCA